CACGUAUAUUGUUGAUAUUCUCCUUCCUGGUAUUCUUUAUUCAUUGGUAAUUGCGUACAACUUUGCUCUUUUUUUGGUAUCUUUUAUGGUAAAGGAAUUAUGAUCAUAGGGGUCUUCUUAGGUGCUACACCCUGCAUUCUAAGCCUUAAAGGAGGUAUUAGGCGAUAAUUGUUUGUCAUAGUACAGAUUUUCUGCAGGGGUGUUCUGUUCUGUCACUGUGCCAAAUAGACCUACGUUUCUAUGCCACAUCUUUGUUUAUUCAAUAACCAUAGAAUAUACAAUACAAUACUCAACGAUAGUCUAUUGUCUAUAUUCUGUGGUCUAAUCUCAUUCCUGAUGUGAUUGACGUCAUUCAAAAUCGAAUCGAAUGUGAAUUUCCCACUCUGCACUCUUUCCUUUAUUUACAUUUUGUUCCAUGUCUCCUCAAGUCCACAUUGCAAUCUUUUUAAUUUAACAAAACGUUGUGGAAUCUAUAAUGGUUAAUUUUUUGAAAAAUUUGCACAUCGUAUUACUACAUAACCUGUGCAUUUCUUAAGGCCCUCUUGGUAUUCUCCGUUUCGAAGCUAAAAGUAAAGUUUUAGGUUUGUGGACUGUGACUAUUCGAACCUAAUCAGGGGAAUUUCCAAAAAUAAUCCAUGUAUGACGGAAUGAAUAAGUAAAUAUGUAUUCAAUAUGGAUGUACAUAUCGUAUUAUAUCCGUCCUCUGAUUAAAUGGUUUUUACGUAAAACAACAGGAUUAUGUGAACUUCAAAGAAUAUGUUAUGGUGAAAAGCACGGUUCGGUCCGUAUAAAAGGUGUGGAAAAUUCAUUAAACUUGUCGAGAUGUCCACAAAUCAAGUUGUUAGUUAACCAUUUAAAUGACGUUUGUGACAAUCAAAGGUUUACCGCAUCAAAUGAAAGGGAAAUUUUAGAAGGUGCAACACGUACAGUUUUAUGGGUCAAGCAAAUAAAUCCACAAGUGCAUUUACAAUUUGUGAAAAGCUUUAGUAGAUGUGUCGAACAAAUUUGGGGCUAUCGCCAGUUAAUGACAGAAGUCGAAACGUUACGUACUACAUCCUAUGAUGCAGAUAACCUAGAUCACGAAAGGAAAUUAUACGAGCUAUGGAAUAAUUUGAAGCCUGAUGAGGUGUUGACUUCAAGAGUUUCCAAACAAUGGCAAGAUAUUGGAUUUCAAGGUGAUGAUCCAAAGACAGACUUUCGUGGAAUGGGAUUGUUGGGUUUGGAAAAUUUAUUAUUCUUCGCCGAGGAGUUUAAGGGUCCAGCAUCGCAUGUACUUUCACAUUCUUUACACCCUCAUUAUGGCUACGCAUUUGCAAUUGUAGGCAUAAAUAUUACCAGCAUGGCGUGGUGUUUGCUUAGAGAUGGAAAUGCAAAGACAUAUUUUUAUAAUACGUGUAAGAGUUUACCUAAUAUUCACCAUUUUCAUCAAUUUUAUUGCUAUUUAUUUUAUGAAUUUGAUCGUUUUUGGAUUGAAUGCAAACCAAAGAAUAUAAUGGAGUUCUCUGACAUACGUACUAAAUUUGAGGAAAAUAUCAGAGCCAGUUUAUUAGAUCCUCAUGGCGUGUUUCGUAUUAAUGUUUCAGUCGACACUGUGUGACAUUAAUUUUAAGAGUAUCUUCACUUUAAACACUUGCACUGACAAAUGAGUAAUGACCCAUUAUUUCACAUUUUUAUGAAACUACCUACACGUUUAAUCUCUCUCUUCUACCACAUUGUAACAGAAAAAAGGUAUUGUGUGAUAAUAGCUUUAGUUCUUAAUUGUGUUACUUAGGCUUACUGUAUUGUAUAUAACUCGACUUCAUUCUUGUAAUAAUAAUCUUUUAAGUAUGCA